UGACAUAUUAUUUUAUAGCCGUUAUUGCGCAAUUGAAUGACGUUUUCACAUGAAAAUUGUCCAAAAUGUUUUAUUUAUAGUACAAUUUGAAACAAAUGUUCUAAUUAAUGGAGGAAUAUUUAGUGAUUAUUAGGCUGCAAAAAUGGAAGGUAGUGAAGGAACCAGUCAGACGGAAUUGUAUACAGGCUGGUCAUCUGUAGUUCAUCAACCAUGUGAAGAUCUUGAAGAGAGUGAACUUCCUAGUACUGUUGAUAUUGCUGCAUUCAGUACUAAUCUCGAUGUAGAACCUUCAAAUUCUUCCACUCACGCUCUGCAUUCAGGCAGUGAUAGUGAUUCUGAUGCUGAUUCAAGUAAUUCGGGUAGUGAAGCAUCUCAUUCUGGCAGUCAAUCAGAUUCUUCUGAAUCAGACAGUUCAUCUUCUAGCCCAGAUUCCACCUCUCGUAGUUCUUCCCCUGCUGAAUUUUCUGUAACUAGCUCUCAAACUGAUGGUUUACGGUUAACAAUUGCGACAAUUAAAAAACCUGGUGGUAGUCCAUGUGAAGAAAGAACAUCCGAGAAAAAUACUGAUGUGAGAACUGCAUCUAGUUCAGAUGUAUCGUCUGAAUCAGAAGGUGAAUCUCAUAGUUCCAAUGGUGGAAGACCAGGAGCUAAAAUCAAACUAGGUCCUUCUGCGCCAAAAGGAAAUGCUUUAUCUGUUGCAUUCAACAAAGUUGAUAAAAAAACUGAUUCUAAAAUUGUCAAGAAGGAUCCUUUGUCUAGUAAGAUAACAUCUAAAGGAAAAAUUAAAUUGAAAAAUUGUAGAAAAAUGACUUCUCUGAAUCGUGAUUAUACUUACUGUAGUUCUGAUGGCGAAUCAAAAACAGAGACCAUUGGAGAUGAUAGUGUAUCUAUAUUGGCAUCUUGUAGUCUGCAAGAAAUCAGACAGGAAGAUUUGGCUGCUAUUUUGCCUGAUCAGCAAGAGUGUGACGCGUUUGGCAGUUUUGAAAGAGAAAAUAGUGGUAAAAAUGGUGUUAAAAGAUCACCAGAGGCAGAUAUGUCUGAUUCAGAUAUGGAGCUCCCUCAUCAGGCUGUUAAUGCGCUUAUACAAAGAACAACUGAAAGUUCUAGUGAAUCAGAAAAUGAAUUACCCAACCCUCCUGCCUUGUAUGCUAACAGCCUUCUCCAACAGUUUGAAGUCCAAACACAAAUGUUAAGUACUCAGGUGGCAACUUGCAACGGUAAGAAAACGCCAGUGCAAUCGAAAAAUGACCCUAACAACAAAAGGGAAGAAAAUCCGAAUGAUUCAGAAAAAGUCAAACGAAGGAGAGGUAGGCCUAAAAAAAUGUCUGCUUCCAAGACAAACAGUGUGAAAUCAGUGAAAAUUCAUAACGGUAAUUACUCCCUCAACCCGAAUGUAUCACCAGACAGUGGAAUUCAGAAUAGUCCUGAUCAUAUAUCCAGUCCUGAACCGACCCUGCUGAGAGGUUCAUAUAAAGAAGAAGUCAAAGACAAGGCCUCAACUGAAAUGAAAAAAAUGUCGACGACGGAAAAAAAUUCAACCAACAAAUUGUCAAUUUCAACAGACCAACUCGAUAGGCAUUUUUAUGGACAUUCUGAGAAGACUCUCUAUCCACCCAAGAGAAAAGUGGGAAGGCCAGCAGCGGUAUGUAAAAAAGAGGUACCAAAAAGUACUAGACAAUUGAACAAUAGCAGUUCUGGAAAAGGGGAGAGUAAAGUGCUAACUAAGAAUGAAAAGUAUGCACGGGGGGACAAGAAAAAUAAGGGGCAGCAAGAUGUUAAAAAUAUCAAAUCGGGCAAGCUGAAGCCUCAUAAUUCUUGCAAUGAAGGAGUACUCAAGAAAUCCAAUACGAUAUGUGAGCGUCUAAGUAAAAGAUUAGAAGUGAGUGGAAAAACAGGAAAUAAGUCCUUGUCUGCUCAAACGAACGUUAAAGUACAAAGAAAUGUACAAACACAAAAGGUGACAAGUCAAAACAAAUCGGACGUAAAGCACAAAGUGGUAUCUUUGAAGAAUGCCAAGGUGAUGCACAGUAAACAUCAACACAAAAUUCACAAGAAACGCAAAUUCAGAAUUUUGAAACCAUUGGCUUUCAUCACUCAAGACCCAAAAAUUAAUGUGGAAAUAGAUAAACUGGUGAUGGAUUUCAACAAACUGUACAUCUCUAACAGUGGCAAGUUUGCAAAGGAAAAUAUUCCUGAAAUAUUGAAAACGAUAAAAAGGGUUUCAAAAAAGAGAAAAACGAACGAAUACGAUAGAAAGAAAAAGAAACAGAAUGUCAACACAACAAUAAACAAAAUUGAGAAUUCUAAUGAGCAGAGGUUGCCAUUAAAAAAGAGACAUUAUCAUAUUUCUGCUACGGAGAGUAAUAAAAUGGAAGAGGAGGAGGAAGAAAAGGAAGAAACUAAGACUGUGAACGAAGAUAAAGUGGAGAAUAAAAUUGGAAAAGUUCAGAUGACUAAAUGUUCUACCAGUAUCAGAGGCAGCCAAGGAGGCGCAGGUCCCAAACCAAUUAACAAUAAUAAUUCCAACGAAUCAGAUUCAAAGGAGGUUCACAUUGAAGAAGCUAUCGAAGCUUGCAUCAAUAGAUUCUCAAGCGUCACACCCAAUGGUAAAACUGAAACAACUGCAGACGUCAAACCGUCUGAGAAGGUUCCCACAUCUAUCAGUUCCAUAACGGCUACAACACCUAAAAAAAGGCACAGGCUGGUUAUGGAAAGUAUGAACGAUACCGAGAGGGAACCUUUACCCAAAGUCGAAUUAUCUGAAUCUAAUAAACGGUUGAAAACUUCCAUUGAAAGCGUAGUGUCUGAGCUCAAGAUGAAGAAGAGCCUGUCUCCGAAAACGUCCUCACCUAACGAAGAGAAAAAAUCUGAAAGCGUGGCCCAAAUGAUUACUCGCAAAAAAAACAGACUGGAAGAUCUGACCUCGAACUUGGUUUUGAAGAUAAAUCCCGGUUUCGAAACGGAGAAAAAAAAAUCUGAAAACGGCAAGAGCUGCUCCAAUAAGUAUCCAGCCUGUAAAAAGACCAAACCAACGGAAUUAGAGCAGUUGGAUGCGAUCACUUCUUCGAAGCCAACGGGCAUCUUUAUGCCCACUGUUGACAUCGAAUUCGCGACGUCCUCGGAUCCAUUGCAGGAUGGCAAAAAAGCGGUGACUGAGCCUAAAAACGUUAAAGAAUCGGAACCGACAAUCGUGCCAUCCAUGAAUCAGAGCACGGAAAAGACGGCCCCGGAUACUGUUAAGAAAAAGGUGCGAAAAAGACGGGCACCGAAUAGAACAGGAUUUCCCACAAUUAAGAAAAAAAAGAAGAAAAUAGUUCCGGCGGAAGAGAGAGAAGUAUCUGUCAAGAGUACACCGAUUUGUGACCGAGUACCAGUUGAUGGGGAAGAAUAUACUAGUUUCCUAAAUCGAACAGUAAAUGGAAAUAAUUCUCUUUUAUCCGAUUUGACCCCGUCAACGCUGGACGAUAUUUCUGUCAAGAGUAAAUCAUCGGAAGAAAUUGGCAAUUCCAAAUGGGAGAUGAUGAGCGAAUGCGACAGUUUGCCACAGGAGGAACGAACGGAACUCGAUUUGGAAGAGUUCCAGUUGGGCCCAGAUUACUCGAUGAGAGAAGAUUCGCCCACAACGUCAGUAGAUACAAAGGACAGCGACAAAACGACGACCGAGGUGGACCUAGAAGAUUUGCCCAUUGGUAAGAGGCUGGAUAGGCAGAGGAAGAAUAUAGAAGGAGCAUGUAGAAAGAGGAGGUUGCGAGAACACAGCUCAACCAGCAGCAUUGACAAAAAAAAUACCGAUGACAGAUUCACGACCAAUGAUGAGAAGAAAAACAAAAAAACGCCCAGGUGGAAGAAACGUUAUCUUGUUGCUGGACUAUUUUCGGAUUAUUACAAGGAGGAUGACGAAGCGACGAGGAUAAGACGUAAGGAAAACGCGAGCAAAUACGCGAAAGCGAUGUACGUUCCCUCGGAACACCCGUACGGUCUGCUACCGCCUCCGUACCAUUGCGGCAAGUACCUCCGUUGCCGAAACGUGGCUUUUCAGCUCCCUUACGACCUGUGGUGGCAACACACGCAUUCUCAGUUGCCGGGACGCGACGUAGUGCCCUCCUGGAAUUACAGAAAGAUCAGGACCAACGUGUACAACGUCAAGACGACCGGCACGGCGUGCGAAUUGCAGACCUGCAACUGCACGCCCUCUCAGAAAUGCGGGGAUGAUUGCAUCAACCGCCUGGUGCUCUCCGAAUGUCCCGCCAACAUGCACCGAUGCCAGAAUCAGAAGAUUCAGAGACACGAAUGGUCGCCUGGGCUGGAGAAGUUCAUGACCGAUGACAAGGGUUGGGGCAUACGUACCAAGCUCCCGAUCAGAUCGAACGACUUCAUCCUGGAAUACGUGGGAGAGGUGGUGUCCGAUCAGGAGUUCAAGGAACGCAUGGCCAGCAUAUACGUGAACGAUACGCACCACUACUGUCUGCACCUGGACACCGGCAUGGUGAUCGACGGGCAUCGGAUGGGCGGCGACGGCAGAUUCGUGAAUCAUUCCUGCGAGCCGAACUGCGAGAUGCAGAAAUGGCAGGUGAACGGCCAGUUCAGGAUGGCGCUGUUCGCGUUGCGAGACAUCGAGGCGGGCGAGGAACUGACCUACGACUAUAACUUUUCCCUGUUCAAUCCGGCCGAGGGACAGGAAUGCAAGUGCGGUAGCGAGAUGUGCCGCGGGGUGAUCGGAGGUAAAUCGCAGAGGGUCAGACAGCUGCCUCAGGCCGCCCCGAAGACGAACGGCGGUCGGGUGGGUAGGCCGAGGAAGGUCACCGCGGCCAAGAAGCAGGAAACUAAAGAGAACUUGCAAGGGUCCGGCCAGGAACAAACGAUGCAGCAGUACUCGUGCGCGCCGCUGAAGCCGAUCAGUCAUCAGCAGAAAUGCUACAUUUUAGAGCAUCACUGUUUCCUGUUGAGGAACAUAAACAAGGUGCGUAAGGUGAAAGAUCGUGCCGUAGGUAUAUCGUUUGUGAACCGACCGCCGACGGCACCGCCAGUGGAUCACGGCACAACAUUCCUGAACCAUCUGAACGCUUUGCAGAAACCCAGGAACAUGAAGACGAGGAGGAUAGCACAGGCUGAGGACAAUCCCGACUUUAACCGAUCGGUCAAGGUGGCAUCAGUGCUCAAAGAUAUCUACGACUCCGUGGUCAAUUUCAAAGACGAGACCGGUUCCGUUUUGGCCGCGCCGUUCAUGAACCUGCCUUCGAAACGGAAGGCUCCGGAGCUGUAUCAGUCCAUCGGCGAUCCCAUAGACUUCGUCACCGUCGAACAGAACAUAGCCAAGGGGGCUUACCGCUCGACCGAUUCCUUCGACAACGACAUGAACAGGGUGCUGCUGACCUUCACGAAAUUCUUCGGUUGUUCCAGCGAGCACGGCAUAGCCGCGAUCCGUCUGAAGAAGGUCUACCAGGAAAGUAAACGGGAGAGUUCGUCCAAGUUCCAAGAUUUGCUCGGCACAAAGCCUCCGGCCAAUUUCGUUUCCAAGAGGGACAAAAAUGAAGAAGAAGACAUAAUUCGAUGCAUUUGUGGUAUGUACCACGAUGAGGGCCUAAUGAUACAGUGUGAGCGUUGUCUGGUGUGGCAACACUGCGAAUGCGUCCGAGCGGAUCCUGCAGCUCCCAGUUAUCACUGCGAGAUUUGCGUGCCCAGAGAAGUAGAUUAUGAGAUACCCAUGGAUGAAUUCACAGAACACGGCCACAGAUAUUACAUGACUUUGAUGAGGGGGGACCUACAGUUGCGUCAGGGUGACACAGUUUACGUCUUGAGAGAUAUUGCCAUUCCGGGAACUGAAAAAAAACACAACUACCAAACCAUUGGAAAGAUAGACUACAAUGAUUUGGAUAUAUUUCGCAUUGAAAGGCUCUGGAAGGAUUCUAGUACCGGUCAAAGAUACGCCUAUGGCCAUCAUUACCUACGACCGCACGAAACCUAUCACGAACCAACAAGAAAAUUCUUCCAGAACGAAGUUAUGCGGGUGCCUCUCUAUGAAGCUGUUCCCGUUGAAUUGAUAAUAUCGCAGUGUUGGGUCUUGGACCUGAACACGUUCUGCAAGGGCCGGCCUAUAGGCGCGGACGAAAAACACGUCUAUAUCUGCGAAUAUCGGGUGGACAAAUCGGCAAGACUCUUCCACAAGGUGUCCAAAGCCAAGUUUCCAGUAUGUACAAAGAGUUAUGUCUUUGAGAGGUUCCCGGAAAGAUUGAAAAUAAGCAGGACUUACACACCUCAUGAACUAGGCGAUUCUUCUAUCAAAACGAAAUCUAGGAAAACUCAAGAUGAAAAACAUCUGAAUGUGGUUGAAUCAAGAGCUACUUCUGUUUCAGCUCCUAAAGUUAGAGAUUUGAAUGAGCAAAAGAGUAGACUGAAUAAUAUCUUAUUGAAAUUGUUGAGUAAAAUGCCUACUAAACAGGUCCUGGACGUUUCCUAUUUACUAGAAGGAGGAAGGAGGAGGAAGAAUAAAAAUUUUAAAAUGAACCAGUGAAACAAAAGUGAUAUUUUGUACAUUAUUCUGAUGAGUUUUCAGGCGGAACAAGUUGAAUUUCUAAAAACUAGUCAUAGCUUGUUGAAAGUAUUUAUUAUUAACAAUAAUUGUAAUUUUAAUUUAUUUGUUGACAUAUUUCGCGGCUAUCUUUUUGAGGUCUUGUUUGAUAAAACAACUGUUAUGAUUCUGUUAGUUUGGUAGACUAUUGCUCCAUUCAUUUGUAUACAAGUUUAAUCUUACUUUAUAAAAAUUAAUAAAACCUUGUGAAUUUUUACAUUCAUCGCUACUUUGCCUUGUUAAUAAUUUAACCUUUGUUUUAGAUAUAAACCUAUAUUUAUUUUCUCAAUGCUGUAUAUAUUGAAAUAUAGUUUUUUCAGGAUCAUUUAUUAUUGUAUUAAGAUCCAUCUUGUUGAGCUUUUGUAUCGUAUUUUAUUGAAUUGAACACCCAAUUUGAUGAAUACAUAUUUAUUUUGUUUUCUAUUUUUAACACUAAUAAUUUGCUUUCAAUAAUUGUAACAUCACAUCUUCAUUUUUUACAAGAUUAUGACAACCAUUAGGUCACAGUUUAUAAUUAUAAAUAAAUGUAUUUUUUGAU